ACGAGCCCCGGACAACCACCAGUGCCAGUGCCAGUGCCACUAACAACAGCGAUUCCCUUCGCAUCAUCACCAGUCUACACGCCAGAGAACCACCCCUUCUUUCUCCUCGAAAAAGAAUCACUGCGGUUGCCCGAAGGGAUAUUGGCAGCGUACUGUCACCACGUCUACACUCUCCCUUGAUAUGUCUCGAUGACAUCGAUUCCCCUCGAUCCACGUCAACCUCUCUCGCUUUCAACCACGUCUUGAACGGAGUCCCUGGACGGACCCCCAACUCAACGAUGGGGAGGAACGGGCGGCCCUUGGGAGAGGAGAUGGAGACACUGAUGAACAAGGAACAGUCGUCCUCUUCGACGGCGGACUCGAGCCAAUCCAUCGAAAGCACCUCAACUGCGUCGACCACAUCCUUAGUCCUCGAGAACCUCAACUCAAUAUACGCCACGAAGGAGCCACUGCGAUCUCCCCAGUAUCGCGACAACGAUAGCGACCCUGAGUUGCCGAGAUUUAACGAUAAAAAUUACACCAUAGGCGCAAGUCGCAUGUCUAAAAGUCUGCGGCGAUCGAUAUGGAUAUUCUGCAUACUAGCCAUCGUCGGCUGGACUCUAGCAAUCUUUCUUUUCUUGGCUACCGGACGACACAAGCAUGCUUCAACGUUAGAAUAUGACCAUGAGAAACCCACGAAGAGCUCGGGAAAGAAGGUCACUCUUGAACAGAUCCAAUCAGGACAGUGGGCAGCGAAAUCUGCCUCAAUAGAAUGGAUCACAGGUCCGGAGGGUGAAGACGGUCUGUUGCUGGAGACAAACCAGCCUGGCAAGGAUUACCUGGUGGUCGAGGAUGUCCGAAGCCAGACGAAUUCAUCAGCGAACGCGGUGGACAGCAGGAGUCUGAUGAAGAGUGGCUGGUACAACGUCAACGGACAACAAUAUUGGACAGAGAACUUCUGGGUUAGCCCGGACAUGAGCCAUGUUUUGCUCAUGUCGAAGAGAGAAAAAGUUUUCCGACACUCUUUCAUCGGACUCUACUUCGUUCUGGACGUCGAAACGCAGAAUGUCCAGCCACUGGACCCUGCAUUUGCAGAUACCAAGAUCCAAUUAGCGCAGUGGUCACCCAACAGUGAUGCUGUUGUGUUUACUCGAGAUAACAACCUCUACCUGAGGUCCCUCUCGAAUCCCAAGGUCACGCAGAUCACGGAUGAUGGUGGGCCCGAGUAUUUCUACGGAAUUCCUGACUGGGUUUACGAAGAGGAAGUUUUCGGCACCAACUCCGCAACCUGGUGGGCCAGAGAUGGUCAAUACGUUGCAUUCCUACGUACCAACGAGACCGCCGUUCCCGAGUAUUCCGUACAGUACUAUCUAUCGAGACCGAGCGGCGAAGAACCAGAGGAAGGCCUUGAAAACUACCCCGAUGUCAAGAAAAUCAAGUACCCGAAGGCGGGCGCUCCUAACCCGGUGGUCGAUAUGCUCUUCUACGACAUUGCAAAUGGGCAAGUGUUCAUCGUCGAUAUCGAUGGUGGCUUCCCCGAUGAUGAUCGCAUCAUCUUCAACAUUGUCUGGGCAGACGACGGAAAGGCCUUGGUGUCAGAGUCCAACCGUGAGGCUGACCGGGUAAGGAUCGUCCUCGUCGACGCUGUAAGUCAGAAGGGUCAGACUGUCAGGACUGUUGACUCGAAAGAUAUUGGUGGUGGUUGGAUCGAGCCCACUCAAAGCACCAAAUACAUUCCGGCAGACCCUGACAACAAUCGGCCCGAGGAUGGCUAUGUCGACACAAUCAUUACGGACAAUUGGUACCAUUUGGCGUACUUCUCUCCUCUAAACAGCUCAACGCCUGUGAUGCUCACGAAAGGCGACUGGGAGGUAGACGGUGGCCCCGCAGCAGUCGACCUCGAGAACAAUCUGGUCUACUAUGUCGCCGCGAAAGAGGCGCCGACACAGCGUCACGUCUACAGCGUGAAGCUCGACGGCACAGACACUCAAGCUCUCGUACCAGCGAAUGAAGCAGCAUACUGGAGAUCCAGUUUCUCUUCCGGGGCAGGCUACGCGCUGCUCAGCUACCAAGGCCCCGGCAUCCCUUACCAGAAAGUCGUAUCUACGCCCACCAACGACGAAAAGAUCGAGCAUACUCUCGAAGACAACAGAGCCCUCGCCCAAAUGGCUUCUUCGCACGAACUCCCUCAUCUAGUCUACCAGAACGUCACAAUCGACGGGUACAUACUGCAACUCGUCGAGCGGCGACCUGCCCAUUUCGACCCGUCCAAGAAAUACCCCGUGCUAUUUUAUUUGUAUGGUGGUCCCGGCUCGCAGACAGUCACUCGGCGGUUUGGAGUAGAUUUCCAGUCCUACGUCGCCAGUUCAUUGGGGUACAUCGUCGUGACUCUCGACGGGCGCGGGACAGGUUUUGUCGGCCGCAAGACCCGCACCAUCGUCCGCAACGAAUUAGGCCACUACGAAGCGCACGACCAAAUUGAAGCAGCCAAGGUGUGGGCUGCAAAGUCCUACGUGGACCCCACGCGCAUCGCCAUCUGGGGCUGGUCGUACGGCGGAUUCAUGACACUGAAAGUCCUCGAGCAAGACGCCGGCGAGACGUUCAGUUAUGGCAUGGCCGUCGCACCCGUGACGGACUGGCGCUUCUACGAUUCAAUCUAUACGGAGCGGUACAUGCGCAUGCCGCAGAACAAUCCCGACGGGUACGCACGGACCGCGAUCAGUAAUGUCACGGCUCUGGGUCAGAGUGUGCGCUUUCUGAUCAUGCAUGGCACGGGCGAUGAUAAUGUGCAUAUCCAGAAUACCUUGACGCUGCUUGACAAGUUUGAUCUGGCGGGCGUGGAGAACUAUGAUGUGCAUGUCUUUCCGGACAGUGAUCAUAGUAUCUACUUCCACAAUGCUAAUCACAUUGUGUGGGAUAAGUUGAGUACGUUUUUGAUCAAUGCUUUUAAUGGCGUUUGGUACAAGACGGAUGAUCCGAAGCCGGUUGAGCAGAACGAGGGAUUUGAGUUGGGAGAAUGAAUGGGGUUUCAAACGGUGGUGACGGAGGGAUUGUAUGGUGGCGUUUGCUAAGGGAGGAGUUGACGGAGUAUCUGUACAGCAUUGAGGAGUACUGUGUUGCAUCGCGUGGCAUUGCAUUUGGCAUGGCGUUGCGGGAAUGUGUAUGGGAAGCAUGUCAGAUCAUCUGAGUCGGUACAGGAGAUCUCCUGGACAUCUCUACUGUAUAUAGAGCCACCGGCUUGGUAUUUUGUGUAAAAUCACAUGGAAGUGUUUAUGUCUCCAACUCUCGCGGUGUAUUCGACUCGCGCCUUGCUCAGCCUCGCGCUGUUUCAGUGCCGAGCACUUCCUGUCGAUGAAUGGAGGAAACUGCGGA